CCAAUGGACACAUGGUAAAGACACAGUCUAGUGAUCUACCCUUAUUCUUAAACGUGUGUGAUAGUGUGCUCAUUCGUUUGCUUUUUCAGGGGAGUUCAAAGCCUGAGGAUAAUUUUGAAAGACGACUGAUCAUGAGAUAUUACUUCAUUCUUUUGCUUUUCGCAACAAUAUCUUGCUCCUCUGUUGAGGCCUCUAAUGUGGACGUUGUUCAGGAAGAUGUAAAAGUAGUUCGAUCUGGAGAGGAUGUGAAUCUUACUUGCUCCUUUUCAAAGCUUCUGCAAUCAACAAAAGCAUGGUUUAAACAGACGGCUGAUGGAAAAUCUUUACAAAUUGUUUCUUUAUAUUUAAAUCAACAACCCAGUUGGAAUAAAGACUUUGAGAAAAUGAAUCGUUUUAAUGUUAUCAAAGGAGAUGAUCAUUUUAAUCUGACCAUUUUAAAGACAAAGUCUUCAGACUCAGGAACAUAUUACUGUGUAAUCUCGUCAUAUUACAUCAUUGGAUUGGGUGCAGGAACUAGAUUAAUUUUUAAAGCUGGACACACAACUCUUCAGCAUUCUUUGAUAGACACGCUUCAUCCAGGAGAUUCUGUGAAUUUGCAGUGCAGCAUCUUCACUGAGAGUUGUGCAGGAGAACACAGCGUCUACUGGUUCAGACAAAGCUCGGGAGACUCUCAAGGAGUCCUUUACACCAAAGGAGAGAGAAAUGGUCAGUGUAAUAAGAGCAGUGAGUCUCAAACGCAGAGCUGUGUCUACAGUCUCCUCAAGGGCAACAUCAGUGACUCUGACACUGGGAUUUACUACUGCGCUGUGGCCGCAUGUGGAGAGAUACUGUUUGGAAAAGGAACUCAACUAAAUUUUAGAGUGAGUGGUUAUGUGAAUCCAAUUCUUUUUGCUCUUGGAAUUUUAAACUUCAUAUUUUUGGCUCUUGUUGUUUUUCUGGGAAUAAAACUAUGCAAGGGUCAGAACAAAGUGUCCACACCUCAAGAGAGUCAAAAUGAAGACACCAUGAAUUAUGCAGCCAUUAGUUUUGCUCAGAAACCUCUGAACACUAGAAGGACCAAAUCAAAGAUCAUUCAGGAGCAAUCUGUGUACGCUCAGGUCAGAUCACAGCAGUAACAUCCAGAGCUUUAGAGGAGCAUUUACCUUCUACACAAAUAUUUUCAUCAUGAUCUUAUAAUAACAUAUUUGACUCCAUCCAUUUAAUUUAAUUUGUCAGAAUAACUUUGAUAAUUUCUCCUCAAUUGUAUGAGUUUUUUGAUUUUACAUUCAGAGUAUAGUCUGAUCAUUUUUGCUGCAAUGAAUUUAUCUCUGCUGACACCACUUUGAUUUUGUGUAUAUAUAUAUAUAUAUAUAUAUAUAUAUAUACACACACACACACGCACGCACGCACGCACACUCACACACAUAUUAUGGCAUGCCGUUCAGGAAAUUAUUGUAUUUAUAAUAUGAAGUUUCAUUAUAUGGAAUGAAAGUCUGAUUAUAUGAAAAUAUCUAUUAUACAUAACAGAGUUUACUGGUAUUUUGGAGCUGAUGUGUGAAUUACCAGGAAACAGAUGAAAUGUCAUUGCAUGUGUGAAGCACAUUUGUGUAUUUACCCAUAAAGUAGUUCUGGUAAUUUUACGGCAAUUUAUCGGGAUUACUAUGUGAAAUGUCAGAGAUGACAGGAUGUAAACUCCAAGCUGUUUGUGUUGUUUGGAAUAUGACCAGCUGUUGCCUAUUUUUUUCUAGUUCAGCAAGGUAUUAGAAAUUUUCAUGGGAAUGCAAUUUUUACAAAAAAUGCAAUUCAGAAGGUUGCUCUGAUAUGACUAGCUAAGUACUGUCAAAUUUGCACUUUCAUUCCAUAUAUUGCAAAUUUCGUUCCAUAUAUUCAGACUUUUAUUCCAUUCCAUAUAUUCUGAUUUCCGUUUCAUAUACUCAAACUUCAAAUUAUAAAUACAAUAAUUUCCUGAACGAUAUAUACAUGUUUUUUUUUUCUCAAAAAAAAAAAAACCUUGUAAUGUAUUAUAUUUGAAUCUAUAGUGCCUGUAAAGAUCAUAUCCAUUAUGUUAAGAAUAUAAGUAUUAAGUGUUAAUGAAGUGCUCUGAAAGUGUUUCCCACCUAAAAUAACAGUAACUAACAAUGUCAUCAAAAUACGGAUUACAGGACGAUAGCUGUUGGUGGCCAUAUUUUAAUGUCUCUGUUUGAUAAAAUGUUAUUUUGGCUUUGCACUGUGUAUUGAUAGAUAUAUACAUUUAUAUUCAGUAGAUAUAUAUCCAGUAAGGAAAACUGGGGGAAAAGAAAGGUAGUGUGUGUUUGUAUGAUCAUUGAUAUUUUUGUGUAUUAAUGCAUGUAUUUUAUUAGACUGUGUUUUUCUUUUCUUGUCAAAUUUGGGACUUCAUGUUAUUAAAUCUUCUGUUUUACAGUCUCCUUAUGAAUUGCUUGUGUAGUAUGCUUCAUGUGCAUCUACUAAAUGAAAAGUGUAUAUGCAUGUAAUGUGCAUUUGUUCAAAUGUGUUAUGUUGUUUUUAUUCUGUUAACUGAAAUGAUGGAUCCUGGUGCUUGUAUAAGAUAUAGUUCCCUGUAAAAGUAUUAGUGCAUAUUUAGUUGGUCUUUAGCAAGAAUUCUUAAGAAUAACUUGCUGAAUGCUGAAUUCAACACAUGGUCCCUACUGCCACCAAUAGUGGUUUUAGAUAAUUUGUAUAUGAGACCUGUUGGUUUGGCCUCUCCUGAUUUUGAAAUCAUUUACUGUUCCCUUAUUUAUUUAAUCUUUUUUUGUUAAUAACUGAUUAAAUAAAUCAGACUGUUU